AGCCGCCUGAUGCGAAUCGGCAGCCAGAGAAGUUUUAAGGUUCGAGUCCCAAUACGGGAAUGAGCCUCUUUGAUAUUUUCCGGGGUUUUUUUGGCUUUCCUGGACCUCGGAGAGAUCCCUUUUUUGGAGGAAUGACGCGAGAUGAAGAUGAGGAUGAAGAAGAGGAAGAAGGAGCUACGUGGAGCCCAAGAUUUGAUGGUCCCCAGUCCCCUGAGGAAUUUGGUUUCAGCUUCAGCUUCAGUCCAGGAGGAGGGAUGCGUUUCCAUGAUAACUUUGGCUUUGAUGACCUAGUACGAGAUUUCAAUAGCAUCUUCGGCGAGAUGGGGGCCUGGACCUUGCCUUCCCAACCUCCUGGUGUGUGCCUUUCCCUAAGGGAGAAUUCGUGCUUUCCAGAGGUAUUCAAGAGUAAUUUGAGGUUACUCUUCAAAUUUCAGAUUGGAAAGUGUUUUUUUAACCUACUAUGUCUUCUUCUGCAGUUUGAUGAUAUUUGGCCUACCCCCUGUCCUAGAGCCAGAGAGGACAAUGAUCUUGAUUCCCAGGUCUCCCAGGAGGGUCUUGGCCCGGUUCUACAGCCCCAGCCCAAAUCCUAUUUCAAGAGCAUCUCUGUGACCAAGAUCACUAAGCCAGAUGGGGUAGUGGAGGAACGCCGGACUGUGGUGGACAGUGAGGGCCGGACAGAGACCACAGUAACCCGACAAGAAGGAGACAACAGUCAUAUAAGUGAUCUAGAGUCACCAAGACCGCCAGUCCUGGAUGAUGCCUUUUCCAUCCUGGAUUUAUUCCUAGGACGUUGGUUCCGGUCCCAGUAGCCUUCAGAUCUUUUCCACGUCCCACCAGUUGCCCAUUAUCAAUAAGCUUAGCUUCUCCUGCCAUCUCAGGGGCUUGGGCACGUGGAAUAGUGAAUUGGGGGUAUGUCAGUAUGUCACCCAGACUGACCAAUAAAAACUUUAUUUAUGCUA